AACCGCGCUUCCGUUUCCGCCUACCUGUCUCGCCGUCUCCUGGGUCCGUCUUGACUGUUCGCGCUUCUCUUCCAGCCAAUCCCUGUGCGUGCUUCCUCCAGAGGAGCAGGUUGCCCCUAAGGCGAGCCUGGCCUCUCACUUCUCUACCUCAGUCCUCGAGGGACGUCGCCCACAUGGCUACUACAUCUGUGGUAAGAGUGGAAGCUGAGGAGGUAGCGCGGGGCAGUGGUUAGAGUGUCGGCCCCUGAGACGGAGGACGUGGGUUCAGGUCGCUCCGCCGCGUAGCUCUUAGGGUGGCCUAGCCUCUGCCUGCCUAACCGGGUUCGUUGUGUUGAUAAAUUUGGGAGGGAGGGAGGGACGCAUGCGACCUCCUAAGUGGAGGGCCGGCCCAUGAGGCAAUGUGAGGCCACCUCCUCGGGCGGCAGGACCAACGGGCUGAAGAACCGGCUUCCAAGGAAUGUAUUGCCAGGCUUCCGCUGCUGUAGAGGCAAUGGCAAAUGAGGUCGGAUCCUUGGAGGUUGCUUUGUUCAAGAGUUUCAGCUGUGAAGCCACUGGGAGAUAUCGGGCCACUAGUGUGCUCUCUUUCUCUCUCAGCCUAACCUUACAGGCUUGUUAUGUGAAUGGAAUGGGGAGGGAUGGAACAAACAAGUAUGUGGUCGUAGGUGACCAUCACAGUAGAAGGGCCCACUACAAAGUUCAUGGUGCAGGAGCACAUUCCCCCCCCCAAAGAAACAAUCCCUUUGCUGCCUUUCUCCUAGCACACAGUUGAAGGCAUAACUUCACUGCUGCUUCGCUUCCUCUGUUUAUGCUGAUACUGUCUGGGACUGUUUCAUGUAAUUAUGGUCGACAAAAUCAUAGUCAUAGGUCAUUUCUGCCAGUCACUUAUAUAAAGUUUGUAUGGCUUUGAGGCAGCGGUUACAACAAAGCAAAACUAUGGAAGAGAUUUCCAUCCAUUAGCCAUACUAGCUCUUGUAUGUCACAAAAAGGAAAUCAAUUAGAACUUUACAAAAUGGAGUUCCCUUCUCUGCAUCUGACAUCUUUACCUUACUGUUGACACCCUUCGAAAAUGGUUUCAUUGAGCUGUGUUUUUAUGUUUAGAACUUUAAAACCUAUGUGGAUCAAGCUUGCAGAGCUGCUGAAGAAUUUGCAAAUAUUUACUAUGAAACCAUGGAUAAAAGGAGACGGGUAUGUAGAUUCCCAACAGCUUUUGUGUUUGGUGUGGGGUUUGGUUUUUUUAGAAGAAUUAUUUACUGCAUUUCGCAAAGUACAUAUCUGAGUUCUGAUGUUGUAUGUGCUGAUAUUAUUCAUGCUAAUAUACAUAUUUGUACAUGCUGAGAUUAUUAGAUCAUUCCAUGUUGUCAUGGACACAGCCUUCAAACACAUGUCAUUUGUUUCUAUCUCUUAACAGCUUGAUCCUCUGUAUGUUUACUCAAAAAUAUGAUCAGUGGGAGUUUACUCUGUGAGAAUAUCUGUAAAGGACUGCAUCCAAAGGCUACAAUCCUAUACCACUUGCCUGUAAGUCCUAUUGAACGCAGUGGUGUUUAAAUAGACAUGUAUAGGAUUGUGUUAUAAAUAGUGCAAACAGGUACACGGAAGUGUGGAAGCAAUGACUGAGCAGUUCCAGUUAGUUGACAUGAAAUGGUAGCUACUUAACCUGAGUCUUUCUCCCUUUGAACUCAGUGGGGCUCACCUUUCUGUAGACAUAGAACCAAAGAAUUGGAAGGGACUUUGGAAGCCAAGUACCAGCUCACUGUAGGAUUUUGCAAUGCAGGGUGCAACUUCUUGCAUCCCUAACAGAUGGCUGUCUAACCCCUGCUUACACACCUCCAGCAAAGGAGAGUCAUUGCCUCCCAAAACAGUCUAUUUCACUGUUAAAACAGUUCUUAAUGUUAGGUUGUUUCUCUUACUGUUUUACCAGGUGCAUCAUGCUGUUUGCUCAUACUUAGAAUGUGAUCAGCUAAGAUACCUAGUUCCUUUUCCAGUGUACUGCUGCCAAGCAAGGUCUCCCACAUCCUAUACUUGGUGCUUUGAUUUGGGUGUGUUAAUUACAAGACUUUAAUGCAUCUCUAUGCAUUUUGUGGGGGGACUUUUUUAAAAAGCCUUUCAGAUUUUUUAAAAAUAAAAAACCCUAAAGGAAAAGGGAAAAUGUAAAUACUGUAUCUGGAUGCAGCAACCUAUAUAGGAAGGGGUGCUGUAAUAAAAGCACAGUUUCCCCUUGGAGUUCAUGUAAUGCUUCCUAAUGUUUCUCAGGUGUUAACCAAACUCUACCUGGACAAAGCGACCCUGGUUUGGAAUGGGAAUGCAGUAUCUGGGCAAGCAGCACUUGCAGAAUUCUUUGAAAUGUUGCCUUCAAGUGAUUUUCAAGUUACCACAUUUGAUUGCCAGCCUGUUCAUGGUAAGAUACCUUGUCAAACAGUGUAGCCCACAAAUCAGGGAAGAUAGUUUGAUUCUAAAUAUGUAAGUAGAAUUAUUUAACCUUUUCACAUUGUGUAACUUGCAAUCAUUCCAGUUUCAGAAAUUUCAGCUGUUCCUUUGCGUUUCUGAAUUAUGUGGUUAAAUUAUGUCUACCCAAUCUGUUCUUGUGACAUUUCUGUAUAUUCUUCUAAAAAAUUGUAGAAAUGGAAAAGCAUCCAUAGUGUCCCUGAUGGUCUUUAGGAAAAGGUUGCGAGGAGCAGCUUUGUUCCUAUUUGUGCUGAUCUUCAUAGCUCAAGCAGAAAACUAUUGCAAAAAGUGUGACAUGCUUUAAAAAAGUGCUUAUUAAAUAUUUUUGUGAUACAAAACAAACAAAUAAACAAGGAAAAGUACAUAUAGUGUCUCCACUUUCAACUCACAGAGUCUUUUUCACAGUUUGCUUACGUUCGGUAUGAGACACUAUUGUCACAGACUUAGGGGGAACAGGGGAGAAAAAGAAGGAGGGAGAGGGGUGGAAGUGGUCUUUUCAUUCUAUUGUGCAGGGUUUCUGUGUCAGCAUUUCAUGGGUAGGUCCUUUAUUUAUAUAGUUAUUGAUUUUUAUUGGGAUCGUGAGAGAUUGGAGAGUCCAGAGCUUGGUUGGUUAUGUUCAGUUGGUUGCAGCAUGGUUUGUUUGUAUGUGUGUGGAAGGGUGUUGUUGUGUCAAAUUAGCCAUAUUGAUUUGUAUGCUCUUGUUGGGGAUAAGUCAUUGUCUUGUUGGACAGUAUGCUUUUUAGAACAUCAGUUCCUAUGCCACCUUACAAGGCUGCUGGACAGAACAGAGCAAAAUCCUAUGAACUGUACAAAGAGUGCUGGUGUGGACGUAACCUGAAUAUAAUUGUUUUUAGAAGCCUUAAAGAUUAAUUUGAAUUUCCUGUAAGUCGCCUCUUUGAACAGUCCUUUGCCCAACUUAUUUCAUAUUUUUAAUUUUUAAAAUUACAUUUCUAUACUGUCCUUCAUCUGAGGGUCACGGGGCAGUUUACAAUGUUAGCAUCCAUCUGUCUAGGGAGAUAAUUGAAGAGCGCACCUUUGGGGGUAAAGUCAAACCACUCUAGAGUUACAGUGCCUGCUUUGGCUGUAGAGUCCAGUAGGGCAGAUGAAGACGUUUGGUUUUGCUGCUGCAGGUGCACUGUGGCAUUUCUUCUCUUUGUGCUCCUUUCAGUGGUCAUUCAUCCUCUGGUCACUGCUGUGGACACACAGCCUGACUGUCUGUCUCCAGGCAUUGCAAUUGUUUGUAAGGGAUUGCCAUACAGCGGCAAUCCCAGCCUCCAUGUCACAUUUGCAGACAUCUUUGUGACACAGAGUCAGUCUGCCAGCAGGCCUAGUCUGUGAAGCCAGCUCCACUUGGAGCACAACCUUAGGGAUCCUGCCAUCUUCCAUUCUGUGUACCUGACUAAACUAGCGUGGAUGUUUCUGAAACAGAAAUGUGAACGUGCUAGGAAUGUGGGCUUGGGAGAGCACAUCUUUGUUUGAGACUCUGCCCUGCCAUGUGAUGCCCAAAAUCUACCUGAUGCAGCACAAGUGAAAGACAUCGGGGCUUUGCUCCUAGCAGGUGUAAGUUGCCCAUGACUCACUUCUAUAAAACAAGUAUGCAUAGCAUAGUAACAAGCAAAACAUAGUCAGGAUGGCGAAAAAUAGCACUGAAAAUAUUGCUCUUUUUGUAGAUUCUGUUUUCAUGCUGCAUUUUUGUAUUUUAUGGUUUUAAUUUUUACUUCUAAACUAUCAACAGAAGUAUUGUUAUUGGAUGUAUACAUAUUGAAAAUGAAAUAACGAAUAAUGGUGGUGGGAGUUUGCUAGUUGGCAAGUUAGAGAAGAGGCAUAUCUCAGUGGCAGAGCUUCUGCUUUGCACAACGAAGGUCCUAGAUUCAGCCUCCAGCCUCUCAAGAUGUUACUGGGAUAGACUCCCUCUCUGAAAUCCUGGAGAGCUGCUGCCACUCAGUGUAGACAACACUGAGCUAGGUGGACCAAUAUUCUGACUUGGUAGAAGCUGCUUUCUAGACACCCAUAGAACAUUGUAACGUGGCACCUUGGACUAAACCAAUGGUGGGUAAGUUGUGGCACCAAUGACUCUCUCUUUAUCCCUGACUUUUGGCUAUGCUGGGAAAUGAGAGUCCAAAAAUAUAUGGAGGGCCACAGGUUAGCCAUCCUAGGGUUAAACAGUAUAAUAACAAGAUGAACUUACUAAUACUUAUUGAGCUUCACACACAUAUGCAUACCUGUUUCAUGAUUGCCCUGCAAGCUUCUAUAAUACUGAUUGUAUUGUUGGUUGCAUUUUACAGGUGUUUUAGUUAGAAAGAGGAGAAAGAAGCAAUAACUUUGAAAUGCUUGAUAGCAAUUCUGUAUAAAAAUAGGCUUGUGAUAUACUGGCAUGCCUUAAUAUCUUCUGUUCUGUUUCUUUCUUUAGAGCAAGCCACUCUGAACCAUAACACCAUCCUUGUUGUGACAUGUGGGUCUGUCAAAUUUGAUGGGAGCAAGCAGCAGUACUUCAAUCAGAACUUCUUGUUAACAGCACAAACCACAAACAACAACACAGUGUGGAAGAUUGCGAGUGACUGCUUCCGCUUCCAGGACUGCCCUAAUUAGUGGGGAGCAGCAGUUGGCUAUACUUCCUCCGGACAAGAUUACUGGCUUUCAGGAUGGUCGUACUCUGGAUGUGAGAAACUACCUUCUCUUUGAAAGAAACUUCCUCUUGCCAGGAAUUACCAACUUCAGAACAGCAAAAAUCAAACUUACUUAUUUAAGAAUGCUGUCUGUGGCGUCGGUAUUUAAAUCAAUAUAGGAAAAUACUGUUAUGGUUUACUUGCAUUGAUGACUCAUUCAUACACAUUGUAUACAAGCACUAUCUGUCACAAGUUGUAUUUGUUUUGGUGAGAAAUUAAAAUAGCUGUAACAACAAGGUGAGGAUGCAGAUCUUGACUAACUUGAAGUCUUCCUAGAAUUUGAAAAUCUUGGUGCAAAUAAGUACAGCUGGGAGAAGAUUGUGUGAAGGAGAAUGAUAAUUGUCUCUGGGCUUCCAUGUAUUUCUAGUAAAAGAAGCUAUUGGAGAGAUAUUAGGAAGACCUCAACACCCCGAGGCUAUUUUUUUAAGCUGCUUUGGAACUGCUUUUGUUACUAUGUUGCUUUGUGCUGUUUUAUCUAUGAUUUGUUGAGUUUGUAUGUUACCAUUUUACUGGCUACAUUAAAAAAAAUAUUUUUUUAAAAAAGGGGGUUUGGAAGAGAGAUUUUGACUCUUUUGUAGCAGAGUUACGCCCAAUGGUGAUUGCUCCAAGCAUAUUAAAACUUGGUUACAUUUUGCAUCUGCCCUCAUCCACCUUUAAAUAUACUUGAAAAUACUUGAGCUGGAAUACAUCAUAGACACUUAGCUUUGCAAAUAAUAAAACUGCUUGCAUCUACCAGGAUCUUAACUCCGCUGUUACAGCAGAGGUGACCAAGGAGUGUCCAGAGCACUGUCUAGUCCUGUUGUGUUGGAUGAGUUUCAGUUGGUAAGGAUCGAGAAUGUGGACAAGGUGCUUGGAUUGAUCAGGACGGCCAUUUGCAUUCUGGACCUUAGUUCAUCUUGGCUGAUAAAAACUAGCAGGGAGGGGCCAGGUGGCUGGUCCAGGAAGGUGAUUAAUGUCUCCUUGCAAGAGAGGGUGGUCCCUGCCUGCUUGAAGGAGGCCAUUCCUUAGGAAAGCCACUCCUUAAGAAACCCUCACUGAACUCGGAAAAUCUAAGGACUCAGAAAAACUAUUGGCGAGUACCUAAUCUCCCCUUAGGCAAGGUCCUGGAAUGGGUGGCCACAGAUCAGAUCCAGGCGCUCUUGGAGGAAACUGAUUUUCUAUAUACAUUUCAAUUGGGAUUUAGGCCCGGUUUUGUCAUAGGAACUGUUUUGGUCACCCUGUAUGAUGACCACUGUUGGAAGAGAGGCGGGAAAUGUCUCCUUGUUAAUUCUUGACCUCAUGAUAUCCUGGAGCAGCUGUCCAAAUUGUUGGAAUAUUCUGUUCCACCUUAAGGAACAGGCAUGAUUGUUGUGUGUCACAUGUCUGUUUACACUCCAGCACAGUAUGCUGAGAACUUCCAUUUGUGUAUUGCUUUUGCUUUUUUGCUUUGGACACGAAGGAGAUUAGACAUGUUUCCUUUUGUCCUGAUGUACACUGAAUAAACUGCUUGUAAAUAUCCUCACACAA